AUGUCUUCCUCGAAAUCCAAUCUUAGGAGCUCUUGUUCCUUCCCAAAUCUCCUCCUGGCAUGCUUGAAUUUCAUCCUCUUCAUUCUCUCUGUCGCAUCUCUAGUCCCCACCAUCCUCCUCCGAAUGCCCCCAACUUCAAUGGGUAUGGCAUUCCUCAUGAUUUCCGGAAUCUCACUGCUCUCUUCAUUCGUAAGCUUCUACUCUCACCUCUGCUUCAUAACCCACGUCUCACUUCUCCUCGCGUCGUUGAUCGGACAAAUUCUUGGCAUACUGGCCUUGUUUACCAAAGAGCGUGCUACCCUUUUGAUGCUCAAGUCCCCCAGGGACCUGAAAGAGGCCAAACUAUUGGUGAGGUUGGAAUGCGGGGUUUUGAUGGCAAUGCUGAUGAUGCAGAUGGUGGUGUUGAUGUUGAGCUGUGCGGUGCAGAGCUGCUGGGUGAGAGAGUAUGAGGGAUUGGAAGCCGAGAGAGAGGCCAUGACGAAGAAGAGGAGUCAGCGCAUUGCCAAGGUUCAAGAGGAGUCCAUGGCCAAUGCUGAAAAAAUUGCAGAGAUUAAGGCUAAAGACUUUGAUGAGAAGAUGAAGAACAAGUAUGGACAGAGGGUUAAGCCUGAGUUUGAAGCCUGA